GCCAUGGUGCUAUUGUGUCAGGUCCAGCUCCAGCCCUGUGAUGCGGUGUGAAGCUCCACUCCAGAAUUUGGAAGCAUUCAAUGAUGGUGUGGCCGGCGGGUGCUCCCUCCUCCCUCCCCUGGCAGGGCUGCGCACUCAGCUCGGAAGGGACAAUGAAAAGUCGCUGGCGCUACACCCGGCUGCCCAGCCAGGUGGAAGACUCACAGUCUGCAGAGGAAGAGGAGCAGGAGGAAGAGGACACCCAGACAGAGUCCGGCCCCGGCCCCGAGCCCAGCCCGCCCCCAGCAGAGCCCUGGGAGCCCCAGUUGGCAGAGGCCAGCCAGGUUCUGGGGGCGGCGGAGAUCAGGCAGCUCUGCCGCUACCUGCCCCCCCGAGUCACCGGCCAUUCCUGGAGCCUGGGCUUCUGCACGUGGAGGGACGGCUUCAGCCUGCGGAACCUGUACCGGCAGAUGGAGGGCCGGAGUGGGCCCGUGCUGCUGGCCCUGAGGGACGAGGACGGGCAGAUGUUUGGCGCCUUCUCCUCCUCAGGAUUUCGUCUCAGCAAAAGCUUCUACGGUACUGGCGAGAACUUCCUCUUCUCCUUCUGCCCUCAGCUAAAGGUCUUCAAGUGGACAGGAAACAACUCGUUCUUUGUAAAAGGAGACUUGGAUUCCCUCAUGAUGGGAAGUAGCAGUGGCCAGUUUGGACUGUGGCUGGAUGGAGACUUGUACCAUGGGGGAAGCCACCCCUGUGCAACCUUCGACAAUGAGGUACUGGCCCGGCGGGAGCAGUUCUGCAUCCACGAGCUAGAGGCGUGGGUGCUGGACUGAAGCCCCAUUGGGGGGCAGCUUCUUUUGUGGCACUGGGGCCCACGCACUUCCAGGCUCCUCCACAGGGUGGCUCGGUCAGCCAGGACAGGGAAGGCCAAGUGCCCUUGGGCCAAAGGUGGCUGUGAGCCAGCAGCACCCCGCCCCUCCGCACCUGCGGACCCAAGACAGGAGCGAAUGAUCCCGCCUCCUCACAGCCUCAUCCAGCAGCCUGCGCAGUGCCUCGUGAAGGUGUUUUUAGAAUCCCAUGAUCAAAGGACCGAACCCGAUGACCUCACUCGCCCAUUCAACACCAAGAAGCAAAGCAACGGAACAGACACUCCCAACCCAAAGACAAGCGUUGGAUUCAGAUGAAAAUGCUUGAGGUUUUGGCCGGAGCAAGCAGAUAGGCUUGUCUUGCAUGCAAGUGACCUGGACUGGAUCCCCAGCACCCCCUAUGGCCCCACGAGCCCCAUCAGAAGCCUCGAGCACUGCCAGGUGUGACACGCCUCUCACCCUGGAAUAAAGGAAAGACUGAGGUUGGUGGACAGGGUGACGGGCUCAACAGAUGGAGCAGAGGGGGCAGCAACGUGGUGGCGUGGCGACUUCUCUUCCUUUGGAAGAGAAUUGGAAAAGCCUCUGACACGUGUUUCAGGUCAAGACCACGCAAUAAUCCUCUUCAUGCUGAGGGCCGGAGAGACAGGGCAGGGCUAAGGCACUAGCAUGCAACUGCAGCCUCAGCCCUGGUCUGAAUCCUGGCACCCCAUAUGGACCCAGGGACAGCUCCAGGUGUGGUCCCUGAGCGCAGAGCCAGGAGCUGAAGGGCAUGAGCACUGUAGGGCAUGGCUAAACUCCCUGCCCCUGCAACUUUCUGCUUUAUUGCUAAGACAUGCUCACACAAUGAUGUAAAUCAAUAAAUGUAGACCUCAGUAUUGAUGCCAACCUCAAUAAAUAUAUUGAUAUAAACCUCAAUAAAAAAUGGUUUAAAAAAUAGUGAGCAUGGUUAUUUUUUAGAAUGCUGAAGCCUUUCUUUCCACCACCAGCGUGCCCGCCAGGUGCUUAUAAAUCCCUCAUUUAAUUUCACAGGGAGAUAUAAAAACAGAAAGCGAAUAAUUUAUGUCUUCGGAUAAAUAAAGAAGCUGAAGUUGUGGGCUGGAGAGAUGGCUGGUCUGCACGGGUCCCAGGUCUGUUUGGUUUGGGGUCACACCUGGAGGUGUUCAAGGCUUUCUCCUGGCUCCAUGCUCAGGGGUUACUUCUGGUGGGCUCAGAGGACCAGCACUGUAUGGCCUCCUGAGCACAGGGGAGGUAAAACAGAACAACAAAAAAUACACCUUUGAGGAGGCUAAAAAAGAUUUUGUUACCACAGUAGCUCAGAAAGCCAAUCCAAGAAAAAAGCCAGAUCCUUGCCAUGAGAAGGAAAAGAUUCUUUUUUUUUCUUUUCAUUUAUUUUAUUUAUUUUUGGUUUUUGGGUCACACCCAGCAAUGCACAGGGGUUACUCCUGGCUCUUCACUCAGGAAUUACCCCUGGCGGUGCUCAGGGGACCAUAUGGGAUGCUGGGAUUAGAACCCGGGUCGGCCGCGUGCAAGGCAAACGCCAUACCCGCUGUGCUAUCGCUCCAGCCCAAGAUUUUUUUUUUAAUUUAAAUUUUAUUUUUAUAAAGUUGUAAUAAUAAUUGCUUACAUUCAAUAUUUCCACCAAUCCCACCGCCAUUAUUACCCUUUCUCACCGCCAUUAUUUCUAAAUUUCCCAUCACCAUCCCAGCCUGCCCCAUAGGCAGAUGCUAAAUGACUUUUUUGGGGUCUGGAGGCAUCUCUGUGUGUGCUGCUCUCCUCCGAGAUUCAUCUGAGUCUCUGACUCACGGCCAUUCAUACAUUUAAAUGGUACCCAGAGGCAGUUUGUAGGCACGACUGCUAGGAAACCGGAAGGGUGGGGAGAUCAGGGGAGGUCGCCGAUCCCUGACUCCAUGAAGCCUGAAGUUUUCAGUCACUAGUCCUGCACACCUGGGUCUUUCAGCGGAUUCAUUAUCAUGUGUGGGGAGCUCAGGAUGAGCCUGUGAAGGUCAGCCGUGACCAUGGCGGUUAUUGGGUUCUGGAGGUUUGUGGACGCCAGGGUUCAUUUGGGGCAGGUGGAUGGCCACACCUGCCCGCUCUGAGGUGCCCUGGUGAAAUCAACCUGGUGAAGGGUGGGGAAACAUCUCUGCAGUGUGCUGCUUUCUUCCGAGAUUCAUUUGUGAGUCUGAUUUUCAUCUCUUUCGAGAUUUAUUUAUGGGUCUCUGAAGCAAGCUCAAUAAAUGAGCUUGUAAAGCUGAACCGGAGGUGGUUUGUGGGUGUGACUUCCAUAUAUCUAACUUUUGCCACUUAAUUUCUUGGGAAACUUGAUCCCAAGUUGUUUGGGUCUGGCCAGAGGCAUAGCAGCAAUUUUGGGGUAUCAGGAAGCCAGAAUGCAUCAUCAGGCUACAGAUGCACUCACCCUGCAGGUACAAGUUGACCUGCUGGGUGGCACCGUAACCCCAAGAAGGAAAAGAUUCUUUAUUAGGCCAUUAAUCACUAUGUUUAUUAUGGAUAGGCUUUGGGGCCACACCUGGGGGUGCUCAGAGACGACUCUUGGUGGUUCUCAGGGGAGCAUAUGUAGUGCCAAAAAUCAAACUGGGUUGUCUGCAAUGCAGGCCUUAGCCCCUGUAGCUAUUUUUUAUGCUCUCAUUCAUAAUAAUUAUUAGCAAAGGAAAACAAAACAACACAGGUCUUGUUAAAUACCAACCCUACAUAUAAACCCAUCACAGUGUUGAACUAUUAAGAGACAUCUUGGGAGGGAGGUGGAGACAAUAUAGAUUGUUUGAAGCAAAAGGCUAAAAAGUUGACACCAAAAUGAGGGGAAGCUAUUAAGAAACACCUUUAGUCUCAAGACUGAGAUACAUUCAUGGUUUAUUGCAGCUGUUUCCUCACACAAAGAAGUAAGCAGUCCCUUUAACUUGCAGUUCUAUUUACAUUCCUAAGGUGACAACAUUCUGUAAAUCUAGAGGCUGAGUUGUUAAAGUCUUUUUUUCUUCUUUUUCAAAUAUAGUGAUGAUACUUAAGAAAAUGGCACCUGAUUGAGAUAUAUCAUAUAUAUUGGUUUUGGGCCACACCUGGCGAUGCUCAGGGUUUACUCCAAGCUCUGCACUUAGGGGUCACUCCUGGCAGUGCUUGACGGGCCAAUACAGGAGACUGGGGAUAGAAUCUGGUAGGUCAGCUGUGUGCAGGUGCCACUGUCAUUGCAGCCCCAUGGUUGUCAGUUCAAACAGCUGCAAAACCCAUAACAUACAGCUGUCUCAUAAGUAACAAAAGAUGGAACUGAAUGAGAUUCAAGUUGGUUCUUAGAGAAAAUAAGGAUACAAUAUUUGGACUAUAAAACUCCAAAGUAAACCACAAUGAUUUAAACAUAGAUGUUACAAAAAUAAAACAAUCUUAGCAGAAAAGCGCUACAUUCUUAACCCUGGGUUGUGAGACAAAUAAUGAUCUCCACUGAGUAAUUCAGAGGCAUCCUGGCAUCCUGGCCAACAGAGACAUAACUCAAUUUAACAGCUGAACUUGCCCUUUUUUUUUGGAGGGGGGGGGUGGUCCAUACAAUGGCAGUGCUUAGGGCUUACUCUUAGCAGUGCUCAGGGGACGAUUUAUGUGGCAGGUGCCAGGUAUAGAACCUGGGUCAGAUGUGUGCGAGGCAAAUGCCUUACCCUUCUACUAUCACUCCAGCUCCUAUUUUCUUUUUCUUUUUGGGUCACACCCAGCGAUGCAGAGGGGUUACUACUGGCUCUGCACUAAGGAAUUACCCUUGGCGGUGCUCAGGGGACCAUAUGGGAUGCUGGGAUUCGAACCCGGUUGGCCGAGUGCAAGGCAAACGCCCCUACCUGCUAUCGCUCCAGCCCCUCCUAUUUUCUUUUUCCUUUGGGUUUCUUUCUUUCUUCCCCUUUUUUUUUUUUUUUUUUUGUCAUUUUUGAGUCACACCCGGUGAUGCUCAGGGGUUACCUGGCUCUGCACUCAGGAAUUUCCCCUGGCGGUGCUUGGGGGACCAUAUGGGAUGCUGAGGAUCAAACCCGCUGUACUAUUGCUCCAGCCCCUAUUUUCUUAUUUCUUUUUUUUUUUGGUGGUGGUGGGGCAUUGGGCAACACUUUGACAGUGCUCAGGGCUUAAUCCUGUCUCUGCUUAGAGAUAACUGCUGGUAAAGCAAAGGGGACCUAUGGGGUUUUGGGGAUUGAACCCAGGUCCGCAUGUAAGGCAAACCAGCAAUGUGCUAUACUGAUACUCUAGCCCUCACUUUAGCCCAUGGCUAGGUUUCUAUGAGCCUGCUCACAGAGCACUAUGGCAGAAAUCAGAGAAGGGCUUUCACUUUUCUCGUAUAAUUUUGGGUCAACCUUUUUGAGGGGCCACACCAGCAGUGCUUGGGGGCUAUGUUGCUUGAGGAACCAUAUGUCAUGCUGGGUACUGAACUGAAUCGGAGUUUGCUAUAGGCGAAGCAAGGAUCUAACCCCUGUAGUAUCUCUUUGGCCCUUGAGUCCUUCCUUCCUUCCUUCCUUCCUUCCUUCCUUCCUUCCUUCCUUCCUUCCUUCCUUCCUUCCUUCCUUCCUUCCUUCCUUCCUUCC